AUGGAAGGGUCCAAACCCAAGCCAAUCCCAGCGUAUUACUGCUGUUAUCUCCUCAGAUCAACAGUCAGACAUGCCUCGCUGUACAUCGGCUCGACGCCAAACCCAAUCCGACGACUCCCACAGCACAAUGGUAUCGCCAAAGGUGGGGCCAAACGAACUGCCAGAGACAAAUUACGACCCUGGGAAAUGACUCUGGUGGUGGAAGGGUUCAUGAACAGGGUUGGGGCUCUGCAAUUCGAGUGGGCCUGGCAACAUCCGGAGAGGUCUCGGCAUAUUGGAUCCGAGGAUGAGCUAGAUCCCAAUGAUCCAGCCAAAUCCAAUAUCAACCCCAAGACCGGGAAACCGAAGACCAAACCGCGCGCGCGUGUUAGGAGAUCUUUGACGGCUCAUCUGGAGGAUCUGCAUUCGCUGCUUCGGUCGUCUUAUUUCUCUACGUGGCCAUUGCGGGUUCGCUUCUUUCGGGCUGAUGUAUACCGCGUCUGGCGUGUUUGGAGUGAUCGGGUUGAUGGUAGCCUACCGGCAAAUAUCAAGGUCAUUUUAGAUGGAGAUAACCUCGGUGUUGUUCCGGCUAUUCAGAAAGGCAAUGACCUCGUUCCUGUCGGGGGCGUGACCAACUUAUCUGUUGAUUAUACCAAACUGGAGGAUUAUCUCGAGAAAUCCAUGUUCCUUCUGGAAGACCCGGAAGAUCUACAGUGCAAGUGCUGCGAGGGACCUGUGUCUCCGGACAAAGAACAGAUAGUGGUGUGUCCACAACCAGACUGCCGUGGCACGAGUCAUAUCUUAUGUCUAUCUACCAAGUUUCUUGACGCUGCCAAUAACCCGGACCUCCUCACACCAGUUGAAGGGACCUGCCCAGCAUGUGAAACAGUGGUACAAUGGCCAGUGAUGAUGCAAGAGCUCACUUUCCGCAACCGAGCAGAAAAAGAAGCGCGCGCAAUCAUAACAAAGAAAGAGAAGCGUCUCCGCAAAGAGUCUGCAGCAAAGAUAUCUUCGGGGCCUCAGUCAUCUCCUGUGAAGCCCAGGUCACAACGGACACAAGAAACCACAGACGACUUAGAACCAGAUUGGUAUAGAGAGGUUGAUCUAGAAUCCGACUCCGAUUUCGACGGUCGACAAAAGAACAAAACGACUCGACCUGCGCCAAAACUCGACAUUGUGAUCGAAGACAGCGAUUGGGACGACGCAGAACUUGUGGAAUGA